GGCCUCUCCCACUGGCCUCUCGCUGCAGCCCGUUGCGCGCAAAUUCUUCCGCCCUGCCCAUUCGAGAGCCCUACAGACCCUCUCCAACUCCGCCACCAAUACGGCCUGCGGUGCUCGCCCGAUCCUCGCCCGAUGCCUUUUGGCUGCUCGCUGCUCUACAUAUACUCCACCACCCGUGUCUCUCCGCAUGCCCUGACCACUCGCACCAUUCCAUCACCAUACUUGAAUUGCAUUUAACUCUGCUCUGCACUUCACAUCCAUACCAUUAUAAUCAUGCCGCAAUCAAUACAGUGGCGCGAGAACCACGCCAGUGACAGCAGCGCCAACAACUCCGCUCGCAGCGAAACCACGUCGAAUCCACGGAGUACUGCGCCCACCGAGUACAGUUACCACGAGACGUAUACACAGUCCGAUACCUCCAAUGGCCGCGUAAAGGGUCGAGCCGACACCUGGACCACCGACUAUGCGAGACCACCACCGUAUCUCCCCCGGGCCUCAGUCGAUACUUAUGCGUCGACAUCAGAGGAGGACCUAGCCGAAGAAGACGACGACUACCCACAGUACGAGGUCCCCCAGUACAACCACGAGGUCUUCCCCAUCGACGCCAUACCCACCACGCCUAGGGACUUUGCUGACCUGUUCCCCACGAGCAAGCGGAUAUCCAUUCGCCAUGACGACGCCACCAUCGACGGGAACAUGAACCUGCGCGUGGACACUCAACUAGAAGGCCGCCGGGGCAAGAAGCAGUCGUACACCCUCUUCCACCUGCGCAUGCACGACCUCAGAAACCGAGAAUUCUCGCUGCGGCGAUAUUGCCGAGAGUCUGGCCGAGAGGUUUGCCAUUCCAUCCGCAAAUACCAGAAGCCGCCGACAGAGAAGAGGCCCGUGCUGGCACGAGCGAGCAGUGCUUUCGCGACUCUGAGGAACAAGCCCGACACCCGACCGUCGACCGCAGCAGGCCUCAAGCGAUCAGACUCGGGCUAUGAGUCGAUGAAAGGCAUUGAAGAUGGCUCACGCCCCAAGUCUGCCGGCCAUGCGAACGGUCGUGCCCUGUUGCCUACCAACACGCUCAAGCUUGAGUUCUCGAAUUAUGCUCACCUUGAAGUCAAGAGACGGGGCGCCAAGUCCAACAAACGGUACAACUUUGAGUACUGGGGCCACCACUACGGCUGGAAGCGGGUGUGCAAGAAGGAUGGCGACAUGGAGGACGUUUCAUACUACCUCCUCCGGGAGGACAGCGACCAACCGCUAGCACACAUCUGCCCCGUCAAACUGACUCCCGACCAAGCUCACGAGGAGGCCGCACGCGGGGGCUGGGUCCCUCCUUGUUACAUGCGGAUCACCGACGAAAGGAUUCUAGAUGCUACGACUGACAUCUCCGAUGUCGUCGUUGCAACUGGGUUGAUGGCUCUUGUUGAUGACUGCAUCAAGCGGCGCUUCCACACCAAGCAAAGCACCCAGCUACACAUUCCCUUGAUCCGCUCUGGAUCCUUCAAAAUGGGCAUGGAGUAUGUUGGUCCGAAGCGUCUCAUCGACGAAGUUUUUCAUCGACGAGCAGCUCCAAGUCGACAACCGUCAGCGUUGCAUAGUUGAGGUUUAGAGAGCCGACCGACUGACCCGCAUUCUCAACGUCAGACCCGCUGGGCGGAACUCUGCAUUCGAUUCUCGUACAUAUUUCCGUUCGCACGACUGGGCAUACUGCUCGUUUCGCUAGAACGUCAGCUGCGGCUUGCCGUGGCAUUUUCGUCAAUCUGUCUAAUAUGUGGGGCGUCGACACGACAGCAACGGAGUGAGGCGUUUAGGAUAUAUCGGAAAUGGAGUGUUUGCUUCGACGUGGGAUAUCACAUAUUAUUAAUGGCUCUACGACAAAAGGAGGACGGCUUUCACUUCGUAUACAUAUGAGCUGAAACGAAUGAUGAACAUAUUUACUCUUCUCGG